AUGUGGCGUCCACACGGCGUUUCGCUGCCGGUCCGCUGGUUCUCGACAGGGAUACGAGCAGGCAAGCACGCGCGUACGCCAUUACGGCACCGACUGAGCCACCCCACGCCACGGCGGCGCACGUCGCCCCAUGAAGAGGCUCGGCCUGGCGAGCUGCCGGCGCUCGAAUUCGCCCAGGCUCUCGUUCCAGCCGAAACAAAGACCCAAUUUACGUCGCCACCGCUAUCGCAUGGUCUUCUGCGUAUGGUGCAUGGCCUACUCGGCGAGCGUGCUCGCCCAACAACGCCACAGGCCCAAUCUCUCGCACACUUCUUUCCACGCCAUGGCACGGCGCGGCAUACCCUCAUUGCAGCUGAGACAGGCAGUGGCAAAACCCUUGCAUACCUCCUUCCUGUUCUGCAGCGUCUUCAUCAGUCGCGCUCACAUACGGAGCAUGCGGAUAUUCGGCACGUCCAAGGCGGCUUCGAGCCGUGCAUCAUGCCAAGGGCACUUGUCCUGGCCCCUACGCAUGAAUUAGCGCGCCAGAUCUCGGAGGUAGCCAAAGUGCUGUGCCACGACGCGUCACACAAGCUUCGCGUGGCAUGCUCGUCUAAGCCAGCGUACUCUGCGACGCUGCAAGCAGACUUGGCGCGCCUAGCGCGCCUGGCCUCUUUUAGCGAGACGUGGAAUGGCGCACCGAUCUCACCCGACGUGCUUGUGUCAACGCCUUCGUUUGUGGCAGAGCACAAGAUGCUCUCUCUCACCAACGUCGAAAUGCUCGUGGUGGAUGAGGCCGACACGCUCUUGGAUGAAGGCUUUCGCUCCGAAACCAUGUCAGUAUUACAGAACCUAUCCGACUCGGCCCAGCAGUUGUUUGUGACCGCUACGAUACCAAAAUCUGUGCGCCUGUUCUUUGACGAGGCUUGUCCAUCGCUCGUGACACUCGCAUCACCGCACCUGCACCACCUGCCCCGGCGUCUAUCUGUCAUGUUUGUCGAUCCUAGUGGCAGCAAAGAAUUGGCCGUGCUCAAGGAGUUAUUCCGCGUAUUUACGACGCCUGGGUGCGAGCACGACCAGGUGCUAAUAUUCCGCGAUAAGCGCUCGAGUGUCGAACAACUCAGCCGCUUUCUGUCGCAGCGGAAUGUCGAUCACGUCGCAUGGACAGGCGAGGGGAGCGACCGCAAAACACGCACCUCGCCCUCGCUCGCUCCGUUUCUAGCUGGACCAUCCGAGUACUUGGCGCGUCGUUCUCCCCCUGGGCAGGACGCGCCGCGUGUGCUAGUGACAACAUCGUUGCUCUCGCGUGGCCUGGAUUUUGGACCGUUCCUACGGCAUGUAUUCUUACCUGAUGCUGGCCGAAAUACCAAGCGGUCUGUGCACGCUGCAAACAACAAUGCCCUCGAGCUCCUGCACCGCGCUGGCCGCUCGGCGCGCGCUGGCCGCUCCGGCACCGUCGUCGUUUUUGACAAGAGCAGCGCACCUGGCAAGUCCAAAGUACUGAUCAACCGCCGCGGCCAAAAGAAGGGGAUUGUUCGAGGCCAAAUGGACUUGCUCGUCCAAGCCCUUCGAGCGCCUCGGCCACGUCGUCGAUGGCCUCCACAAAGAAAAGGCAUGUCCACAUAG